AUGGAUUCUGAUUCAUCUGAUUCUGAUUCUCCAUCUUCUAUUCUUCCUGCUUCUCUCGAUAAUCCCUCAAACCCUUAUUUCUUACACCAUGGAGAAAAUCCUGGUGUUAUACUUGUUACCGAUCGUUUAAAUGGUGAUAAUUACCAUUCUUGGUCACGGUCCAUGUCCAAAGUCAUUAGUGCGAAGAACAAGACUGGAUUUAUCACUGGAAUUCACAAAAAGCCGAAGUCUAAAGCAGAUCCACUCUAUUUGCCAUGGAUUCGGUGUAAUGAUAUGGUAGUUUCAUGGAUCCUCAAUUCUGUGGCAAAGAACAUUGGAUCCAGCAUUCUGUACAUUGAUAAUGCCUCCGAUAUGUGGAAAGACUUGCAAGACCGCUUCUCACAAGGUAAUCGUCCACGAAUUUUUCAAUUACAUAAGGCGAUUAGUUCAUUAAAGCAAGAUCAGAAGUCUGUGAGUGAUUAUUACACUGAAUUGAAAUCUUUUUGGGAUGAGCUAGCAAAUUAUAGGCGAUUGCCACAAUGUUCUGUUGAAACCCUAAGGUUUUUUGAAGAAAUUCAACAAGAGGAGUAUGUAAUGCAGUUUUUGAUGGGACUAAGUGACUCUUUUAAUAGUAUUCGAAGUCAGAUACUAUUAAUUGAUCCUUUUCCUUCUAUGAACAAAGUCAUAUCCUUGGUAUUACAAGAAGAGAAGCAGAGAGAGAUUACUUUGGAGACUUCUGUCCCUAGUCUUGAAUCGGUUGCUGCUUUGACAGCAAAGCCUAUGAAAAUUGGUACUAAUGCUUCUAAGCAAACCAAUUUUCGAAAGGAUAAACCUGUGUGCAGUCAUUGUGGAUACACAGGUCACACUUCUGAAAAGUGUUAUAAGAUUCAUGGUUUUCCUCCUGGUUUUAAAUCCAAAAGAGGAAAUAAUGCUUCAGCCUAUCAAUCUUAUUCAUCCAUGGGUAAAUCAAAUGAUGAUGCUCCAAAGUUCUCUUUGUCUCAAGAUCAAUAUCAGCAACUACUUGCCAUGCUCAAAACCACAAUCUACUUCAUCAUCAGUGAAUCAAGCCAGCUCUGGCAUUUUACCAACUCCACAGCCACUUUCCACUAA